UUAAACAAUAUGAGUGGUGAGAAAAUCCAAAAAUAAUAGUGUAAUAUAUUAGUACUAAAAUAAUUUAGUAAAACAUCGCGUUUUAGUUCACGAACUAAUGUACCUGUCCCCUGUCAGUCAUCACCAUGGUAACCGAUGUCAACAUUACCGAAACGCUGACAGCUAUGGAGACGGACAGCGAAGAUAAAGCACAAAGCGAGCCUAAAAUCAAAAACAUCGACUGGAUCUCAUGCAAAGACUUUACAAUCGAGAUCGGAGAGCAACAGAUCAGACAAUACAUGGACACAUGGGAUAUCCAGCAGCCCGGCUGGCUCUACAGUUUGAGGUUUCUCCAGGAGACAGAGCUGGAGUUUAAAACGCAGUACCAGUACGAAGCCAAAUGGAGCAUCCCGACCCCAACCGCCCCGAUCCCGAGAGCCACAGCCAGCGUGUAUUUCAUCCUACAAAUCUCCAAAAUCAAACCCAACACACUGCCUGUGGACGCUCACUUCCUCGUCGAAACCAACAGAUCCAAACAUAUUCCGGGACAAACGAGAUUUAGGGAAAAGUGGCUAAUGGAUGUCAUCGAGAGCAAGAUUUUACUGAUGGACACUGUUGACUUUUAAAGCUUCAAAAUGUGUCAGUUUAACCCGCUGUUUAUGAUUAGUUUCAAUGGAUAUAAACUACAAUGAUUUCACUGCUGCUUCAUAAAUAAAUACUGUACUAUCACUAUAUUUACCACCAAAUGUGCUGGUUUUGCUAGCUUAGAUCGAAUUAUCUAAACACUAAAUACAUUGUUAUCUAUAUAAAAAGUUUGAUAUGUUUAUAAAGAUAACGAUUUGUUGUUCACAUAGGCUAUUUAUAUUAUUAUCAUUAUUAUUAUUUUCAAGAGAGAGGCUGCCUAUUGGACUAUUGCUGUUGUUUUGAUAAGCCAAGACUGCAUGACAUAAAUAAUUCUGCUGUUUUAAGUCGGAGUUUUAAAUAUUAGGCUUAAAAAUA